AAUGACGCGUGUUUGGCCUGUAGUAGCCACUCAGUGUGUGCGUGACGCCCAGCAGCAGCCAGGUAACGCCGCAUCGAUCCGUAAUCAGAACAUCAAAGGCAGCGGCCGACAUCAAAGGAUGGAGAACAGUGGCUCCCCCGUUUGGCUGCGUGCUCAAGCUUUUCGCGCGUUUCUCCAACGAUUUACCGACCUGUACUACAAAUACACUGUAGCGCAGGGCGGAAGAGUUGGCAGCUUUUCAGCUCACUCAUCAAACCCGUUCGGCGUCUACGGCUAUGACCAUUUAGCGUCUCCUCCUCCGGCCCAUAUGGGCAUACCGCCCGUCCAUAUCGAUCCAAAAACUGGUUUACCAAGACCACCAAUGUAUGGUCUGCCUCCUCCACCCACCGGACAUUUGAGUGCCCUCUACCCAGAACUUUCCAGUUGGCACUCCCCUCCCGGUUCACCGUUCAGUGCAUCGUCAUUACGUAAUCCCUACCAUACAACCCUAGCCAAUAGUCCUCUGGCACGCUUUUCGCCUCCAGGCUUACUACCCCCACCAGGAAUACACCCAAGUGUACAUUCAUCGCACCAAGGUCUGCUGAAAUGCGAGAAUGAUGGAAGCAGGUUAAACGGUGACGCUGGUUCGUCAGGCACGUCAACCGCGAGCGAGGAUCAAAAACCUAGGCGUCCAUAUGUAAAAAAGCCGCUAAAUGCGUUCAUGUUGUUUAUGAAAGAAAUGAGACAGAAAGUAGUAGAAGAAUGCACCCUGAAAGAAUCUGCAGCGAUAAAUCAAAUACUCGGCCGUAAGUGGCACGCAUUAGAUCGAGCUGAACAGGCUAAAUAUUAUGACAUGGCAAGAAAAGAAAAAGAACUUCACAUGCAGCUUUAUCCAGGAUGGUCAGCUAGAGACAAUUAUGCUACUCAUACAAAGAAGAAGAAGCGUAAACGAGCCUCAGAGGGUCAAUCAGCAGGCAAUCAGAGUAUCAACAGCGAUUACGGCAACAGUCAAGCGAAGAAAUGCAGAGCCCGUUUUGGCGUUGAACAACAGAGUCAGUGGUGCAAGCCGUGCAGGAGGAAGAAGAAAUGCAUUAGAUUCUUAACGGGCGAUGAAGAAGUAGGUGGAAGUGAUCUGGAUAGUGACGCCUGUGAUGAGUUAAGCGUCGCUUCACCUUCAUCAAGUGAGGCUCCAGCCAGUCCUCGACCUUCAGUAGACGGGGAACAUCCUCUGGCAUUAACAUCGAAAACUCCAGGCCCAUCACUCACUCCUACUCGUCAACCGCUUCUAGCCACAUGA